GUAUCCAAACAGAAAGAAAAGUACAGUUGCAACGAAGUACUCAGCUCCUAAAAGUGACCUAAAAUUAUUGAAUCACAAUAGUGAUUAAGAUGAAAAUGAAAGUCCAAAUAAUACACUAAAGAAUUCCACUACCAAAUCAAUAUCAGAUGAGACAAAAAAUUUACCUGUUUAAGAACCGAAUCAAGUCUCUGAUGAUAAUCAUGAACCAAUAUUAGAAAAUUCAGAUUUUCAAUCUAGCCGUAAAUAAGCUAGAACUAAAAAUAAACUAAGAUAUUUCCAACAUUUUGUUCAAAAAUAGAAAUAGGGCCGCAUUAAAUUAUUUGGGUUAUGUUGUCUUGUCAUUUGUCAUAAUAAUUAAAGAAAAAAGAAGAAUAAAGUAAUUCUCCUUAUUUCAGUUGCCGUCCCGUACCCCCACUUAGUUUCAUGUUAUGUUUCUCGAUACAUUGUGCUAGAAAGAGAUACCGCAAACCAGUCGAAGAGAUCUUGUCGUCAGUGGUGGCGGAGUGAGGGCUCACUCUAUGUUAAUAUAUACCUCUAUGUUCUGAGCUGAGUCUAUUUUCUACUUCUAGUUUUCUGAUCUAACUGAUUAUUUAGUGAUUAAAAUACUCGCCUAUCUGUAGUAGAGUUGUAAAAAAAGUGUGUAAAGACGCAUUUGUUGAGUUUUUCAAAGAAUUUACAUACAAUUUGAUUAUUUUGUAUGAAGAUUAUGACUUACUAGUGUUUAUCUAACGAAAAGUGAAAAUGUUCUUUAUCAUUUCCAUUUGUUAUUUUUUACUUUCUUGACCUGGGUUAAGUUGUUGUCCAUGUUUGAUUUCAACAAAAAUAAUAAGACACUUUUUCUUUAAAUUUCUAUUAUGGGAAGAAACAUGAACUGCGACAUGAUUUCCAUGCCGAAGACCCUUUUGAAUACAUGCUUGGCAUAUUUGGUCCUGUUAUUAAUACAAAAAGAAUUGUUCUUGGUAAAUGCUGCUGUUGUACCAAAUUCCUCGUCUGCCUUACAUUGUGAGUAUUACAAUAAUACUUUCAAAGACAAGCCUGCAGAUGCUGCUGUAACUGAAGAAAUAUGCCCUGUAGAUGACCAGAAACAUAAUUGUUAUGUUUUGUGGUCCAUUUCAGAAAAUGGAACAGUUAAUGUUUCUUUAAAGGGUUGUUUCGUAAAUGGAGCUGAUUGCGUUAACCAGACAAGAUGUGUGGCUACUUCUGUAGCUCCCAAAAAUAACCUACUCUUCUGCUGCUGUGAGGGACAUAUGUGUAAUAGGAACUUCACUUGGGAACCUAGGCCAACUGAAGCUGCCCCACCAAGUACAUCAGUGCCAAUGCAUGAAAAUUCGGGCUACAAUUUCUACUAUGGUAUUUGGAUUAGCGUCGGUCUAGUAGCUUUCGGCGUGAUUGCUGCUUUAGCAUAUUACUGGACCAGGAGGAAUAAGCAUUACUUCAAUGGGUUACCGACGUCUGAGCCCCAUCCUUUACCACCUUCUACACCAAUUUUGGAUAACAGACCAAUCAAGCUGAUCGAGAUCAAAGCUAGAGGACGUUUUGGUGCAGUCUGGAAAGCACAGUUUAAGGGAGAGGAAGUUGCUGUCAAGAUAUUUCCCAUUCAGGACAAGCAAUCAUGGUUGACCGAACAAGAUAUAUUUAAAUUACCUCACAUGGAUCAUCCGAACAUUCUACAAUUUAUAGGAGUCGAGAAACACGGUGAUAACUUGCAAACCGAAUUUUGGUUGAUUACUGCAUACCAUGAAAGAGGAUCCCUGUGUGAUUUUCUUAAGGCUCAUACACUUACCUGGAGUGAACUUUGCAGAGUUGCAGAAACACUGUCUAAAGGUUUGAUGCGUCUUCAUGAAGCCAUUCCAGGAAGAAUUCUCGGAGAACUGUCUAAACCUGCAAUUGCUCAUAGAGAUUUCAAAAGCAAAAACGUUCUCCUAAAAAGCGAUCUGACUGCGUGCAUAGCUGACUUCGGUUUGGCCAUUACUUUUGAAUCUGGUAAAUCUUGUGGGGAUACACAUGGUCAAGUUGGUACUAGGAGGUACAUGGCUCCUGAAGUCUUGGAAGGUGCUAUAAAUUUCACUCAAGACGCCUUCCUAAGAAUCGAUAUGUACGCUUGUGGUCUAGUUCUCUGGGAGUUGGUCUCAAGGUGUACAGCACAGGACGGACCUAUACCAGAAUACAGACUACCAUUCGAAGAAGAAGUGGGCCAACAUCCGUCUCUUGAGGAUAUGCAAGAAUCUGUUGUUCAACAAAAAGUUCGACCUUUGAUUCAAGAACAUUGGAGGCAUCAUCCGGGUCUGGCAGUAAUUUGUGACACCAUGGAAGAAUGUUGGGAUCACGAUGCCGAAGCAAGAUUGUCAGCGUCUUGUGUAAUGGAAAGAAUAAUCUCGCAGGCGAAAUACCAACAACAAUCCGCCGGAUGGAGAAUCGAUAUUUUAAAAGAGAAUAGUAUGUAGGGCUCAGUAGGAUUCGGAAUUUUGAACGAACCGUACCUGCAUAACUAAAGUACCUGCGCCUGCAGCCUGUUACCACACUUGCCUACUUUAACAUAGCUUAAGUUAAAUAGCAGAUUACAGUAUUGUCCAAAAAGAAACAUAGUCAAUAACUUCCAGCGAAAAUAUUUGUACGUUUUUAGGAGUAUUUUUCCUCUCCACCUUGACUAAGUUUCUUUUUUAAUUACAAGGUGAUUCCUGAUAGUGAAUACUCUGCGGUAACAGCGUAAAAUACAGAAUACUGUGUUGCAAAUUUUAUAUUUUAUCUUUUUAAAUAUCUUCUAUUCUACAUAUACAAUAUGUAUAAUAAAGCAUAUAUUUUUAAUCGAAUUUUUUAAAUAUGUAAUUAUAAUCGUUAAAAUCGGAUGUUGAGGUAAAUAACAUAUUUAUUUCAAAUUCUAAAACAAACAGAAGCUUCAAAUAAUAAGACACCAAAAAUAUUUUUUUGGUAGAUUUUGGGAAUCAUAAAAACCUGGGAACCGUCGGUUGAAACCUCAGAAAUUAUGUCGAUCUUAGUAUAAAGUGAAAUAAAAUCGCAACUGUGCCAAAGUCAGAAAACUUAAGACAAUCCCAAGAUAGAUUAAACACCUCAAUGAUUGAUUUGUAGACAUAUAUUUAAAAGGACAACUCGAAAACACUUGUUUUAGAGAACUGUGUAAGUAUAUUUUGUAAGAAUUUUAGUAUGAAGCCAUUAUCAACUGUAAAGAGCUUAACAGGAUCCACGGCGAAAACAAAUCUAAUGUGUAGCCAACUACUACAAUUGUCAAGAUUUUCAGUUUUUCAUUGUUAUACUUUUCCCGAAAAUGUAGAAUGCUAUAUUAUAGUUUAAAAAUUGUAGGCACUAAAUUUUCAGAAAUAUGAAAUGACAUUUUAAUCAGUUAGUCUAGGCGCCAGAGGGGUCACCGUGUCAUAUUCAAUUCUGAUGGACAAACUCAACGGUUUCUUAUGGAUUUUUGGCUGCUGAUUACGAAUUUCGAGGGGGGAUUUCGAUCCGAGUGGUCAAAAAAUUGUUAUAAACAAUUUAAUUGUUUAUAAAUUGUUUAUAAGUCUCUGGCUCAUAAACUAAAAGAGAUAAAAAAAAUGUUUCAAAUAAAAUUUGUUCCUUAAUAAAAAACGAAGAAAAAACCGUUUACUAAACUUAAAUCUAACAAUUAGAACUCAAGAUAUUGUAAAAUUAGUGCACAAUGCAAAUUGCAAAUUGCAAAAUAAGUAUUUUUCGAAGCUUUAUCGAUCGUAACUCGGCUUCUGCGCAUGCAAAUAAGUCUUAGAAGAUGUCGUUUUAAAGCUUAAUUAACAGGCUUCCAAACAAAGUUUGCUAAAUUACUUGAUCUUCAUUUGUUUUAAAGUUAUACCCGUUUGAAUUUACAAUUUUCUUAAAAAUAUUGUACAUUCAUUUGUUUAUAAGGGUUUCAAGCACAUUUGAGCUAUAAACAUUUAUACUUUAAUGAACAAUAAUGAUAGAAAAACUGAAAAGGAACAAUUUGAGGUUAUGAAAAUGUUCAUAAGUAUAUUUUUGGCCAAGAUGUAGAUAUUUUAAUGGCGCGCGCUAUGAGGCGCAAGAUCGGCUCACCGUGUAAAGGUUCACGCGCUAACUUCUCGAUGCAAAUUAUAAUUUCUAUGUAUACAUACGUUAUCUUCAUUUUUCAUUUUUGAAGAUCCUAAUAAAAUUUUAUCAUAUAAUUCUUAUAAUUAAAUCAUCAUACUGUACCUCGUAUCACCUUUCAUUCUAUUUACAUUGUCUGUUAUUUUUUGCACUAAAUGAGAAGAGAACAUUAAAAACUAAUAUUUCAGAAGUAUAACUAAGAAGUAAGUUGAUAUUAUUUAUUAAUACUAUUUUUACAAACAUUUUUUUCAUGCAUCUGCAAAUCUGCAUAGAGAUAUACAGGGAAUAUCAGCUUUUUUACAUCUGCAUAAGUUCUUAGCGAAAUUUUAACAGUUACAUGGUGGUACAAGUCUGUUCUUGUAGGCAGUAAAACUAAAACUUUUUGAGGCUUCAGAGUCUAAUUAUCUAUAUGAUAUCCAUAUAAAGUGGAUCUAGUUCUUUUGCAGCAUCAUCAAGGCCCGUCAAUUGUGUGUAUGCCGCCACAUCAUAAAUGCUCGUUUUAUUUGCAAUGAUGAUGUUGCAAAAGAACUGGAUCCAUUUUUAUAUGGAUAUCACAUAUUGGCUCAUUUUCAUGAGUAGAAGCCGAGUUACGAUCGAUAAAGCGUCGAAGAAUACAUACUUACUUGACUGUGAGCCAAUCUUGCGCCUCAUAGCGCGCCAUUAAAAUAUCGACAUCUUAGCCAAAAAUAAACUUACGAACAUUUU